AUGCUAUCGAACAUGCUGGGUCGAUUUGCUUUGCCGCUGGCAUUCUUCGCCUUCAUCCUAUCUCUUGUCAACGGUCUCCCUCUAGAGACGCGGGAUGACCUCGUCUCACGUCAGACGAAGAGUCUCCGGAUUCUGCCUCUCGGUGACUCCAUCACGUGGGGCUUCAUUAAUGGAGGUGGAUCCAACGGCUAUCGCGAGCGACUUCUUGCCGACCUAAAGUCCGGAGGCUACAGUGUUGAUUUUGUUGGUACCCAGAAGUCUGGUACCAUGGCCGACAAAGAUAACCAAGGCUUCCCCGGCUACACCAUCAGCCAGAUCCGCGGUGUUGCUGCUGGAGGUUUGGCUCUCAAGCCCAACGUUGUCUUGCUCCACGCAGGUACCAAUGAUUUGAACCGAGGAAACCCCGCUUCGGAACCGGACGCGCAAGCACCUCAGAGGCUCGGACAACUGAUCGACGAUGUCCUCAAGGCAGUACCGGAUGCCGUUGUCAUCGUAGCCAAGAUCAUCCAAUCGAAGCAGUCCGGUCUCAACGCCAAUGUCAAGACCUUUAACAAUGCGAUUCCGGCCAUCGUCGCGGCAAGGGUUUCUAAGGGCUCAAAGGUUUCCGUGGUCGAUAUGAGCGUGCUCAACACAAGCAGCGAUCUGAGUGACAACCUGCACCCGAGUGUUGCGGGUUACGCUCGCAUGGGUGAUAUCUGGAACGCCGGAAUCAAGGCUGUGGCCAGUCAGAUCCCCGCUUAAGGUUCAGCCGUUUUUGGAGGCGCAAUUGACGUCCUGGCAGGAUCUGAUUGACAUAACCAGCUGUAGAACAGUGCUCAAUUAAGCCUACUAGGAUCUUCAA